AGACAACCCCCCUGUCAGAACAGGAUCCCUGACUUUGUCAACAUGGAUCGGCUGUCGUUUUGGGGAUCCCAUGUUGCUAGAUAAAAGUAUAUGUUAUGCAGAAAUGUAUUUCAUUAGCUAGCUCCUGUCUAUAUUGAAAAUCGCGAUGGACAUGUUUAGUAAACUUACGAGUUUAUUUCAGCAGGCGUUGGAAACGAGAGAGCCCUCUGUUAAUCUGUUAGACUCGUUCGUGGACCACUGGAAAGGAAUCACCAAUUAUUACAUCGUAACUAAUGAUGAGACUCAGCCUGUGAAGCAGACCGACAUCCCCUGGAGGCUGAAGCAGAUGUUGGACAUCCUGGUGUAUGAGGAGGGGGAGCAGGGCCUGGAGGAGACGGGGCCCUGCAUGGAGUACCUGCUGCAGCACAAGCUGCUGGAGACACUGUGCACCCUGGGAAAGGCACAGUACCCUCCAGGGAUGAACCAGCAGGUGCUGAUUUUCUUCUCCAAGUUGCUGACUCAGAUCCAGAAGCCUGUCCUCCACCUCAUCAAUAUCUACAGGCCAGUGCAGAAGCUCAUCCGACUGUGUGGACUUCCUGGUUCCCAGGCAGAGAAGGAGGAGGCUCAGUUCCUAUUGGUCGUCUGCUCCAGAAUUAAACAGGACCCCUACAUCCUCAACUACAUUUUAGAGAUUACGCAAGACAUGCUCUCCAAGAGGUCUAACUCCACCUCUGAGGAGAAAAGUGACGCUUCCAAGGAAGAGACAGUGCCUUCUGACCAAUCACCCUCCUCAGCCUCCACCCCAAGCCAAUCAGAAUCUACAACUCCUAGCCCUGGUCCCACCCCUUCAUCUCCCUCCAUCCCUCCUCCUGACAACACAGGCCUCAUCCAUGUUCUGAUGCACUUAAGCGGGAGCCAGAAAAGUCGAGUGGCCCUGAAGGCCUAUGAGAGCCUUCUGCUUCUCACCAGCGUCCAGAGAGAGGAGACCCUGAAGGUUCUGGCUGAGAUGACUCCACUCUGCCCCCUGCUGGCCGGGAGGUUGUGUGAGCUCUACAGCCUCAUCCCCUCCAGCCUGGACCCAGGGGACAUCCUCAGCCUCCCACACACACACUGGAGCACACAGUUUUCCCAGGGCGGUACUGAAGACACUGCGUCAUUUCCUGGAAGUGAUGUAAUGGAGAGAUUCUUCUCCUGGCUGGACUACCUGGAUCACUUGAUGAAGGAGGCACCAAAGAUUCUAGCUGUGAAACUGGCCAGUGAGAUUCACCAGCAGCUGCUUGUCAACAAACUGCAACCUCAACUGCUGCAAAUGUCCGAGGCGGGUGUGUUGGUCGGCACGGCGCUGCUGUGUUGCGUUGUGCGUCGCGUCCAGUCCGCCGCCCUGCUGGACGAGCUGGUGAGCUACAUCCUGGGCCGUGAGACGGAGGGAGAGCUGCGACUGGACACGGAAACCCACGUCCUGCGCUACCACCUCAUAGAGCACUGUGACCACAUCUCUGAUGAGAUCAGCAUCAUCAGCAUGCGUCUGUUCGAGGAGCUGCUUCAGAAGCCUCAGCGGGACAUCCUGUCCAACCUGGUGCUGAGGAACCUGGAGGGUCGCUGCUACACCACACACACACCCGGGGACGACCGCCAUCACCAGUACGAGGCUCUGGAGGACAGCGAAGAGCUGGAGGAGGACCCGUUCUUCACAGACAGCCUGUACCCUGACAGUGACUUCUGUCCAGACCAACUGUCCCAGCGCACCCCCUCUCUCUCAGGAGAACCCCCCCACAACCAGGCAGCUGACAGUGUCAACAGUUUCCUGUGCCUGGUCCCUCAGGAAGCUAAGUCUUCCCACCUCCUCCAGGGCGCAGGAUACAACACCUACGUUCAUGACGCUCACAAACUGUUGAGAGAUUGCACAGCACUCUCGCAGGGCUGGGAUUGGCCAGAAACCCCUAUCCAGUCCGAUUCAUCUGCAGUGAGUUCAGACUUCUUUGAGGGACACUUUCUGAAAGUCCUGUUUGACAGGAUUGGCCGGAUCCUAGAGCAGCCGUAUGAGUUGAACCUGCAGGUGACGUCGGUGCUGUCCAGGCUGAGCGUGUUCCCUCACCCCCUCCUCCACGAGUACCUUCUGGACCCCUACAUCAGCCUGGCCCCCGAAGCCCGCUCGCUCUUCUCUGUCCUCAUCAGGGUGAUAGGAGAGCUGAUGCAGAGGAUCCAGCUGGUCCCGAACGUGACGGAGAAGCUGGUCCAGGUCCGGGGACAGCUAAUGGGCCUGGAGGCAGAGACCGGUGUGGAUCACGUGACCCUACUGAAGGGAGUGAUCGUUCUAGAAGAGUUCUGCAAAGAACUGGCAGCCAUUGCCUUCGUUAAACUGCCCAGCGCCUCAUACUGAUCCUGGACAACUGGAUAAUCUUAACAUGAAACAGUGGUGUCCACAGAUACUUCACCCAGAACACUACGAUGAUAACGUGGACUCUUCAACAGAACACACAACAGCACAUCCAGAACAGUCAUCUCGAUGGAUUGUCCAGCGCUUCUAGAACCUUCUAGAACACUCUACUUCUCAAUAGUGUGGAUCUGAGGGGACUCGGAUAGACAUAAUGUUUCUUUUGAAUAUGAGAAACUUCUUCCAUGUCUGCUUUGUGAAACAUGAAGGUGUUUUGAUGUAGCCUUCGUGAUGACAGACGGGUUGGUUCUGGACAAGACUACUGUCUUUGGACGGUACUAGAAAGCUUUUUAUUGCAUCAGUUGCACAAGUACUCUCUAUACAAUUAAGAGGACUGAGUUAAACUACAAAGAUUGUCGACUAUGACUACUGGUACUUUUCAGGAUAGAAGAGACUUUAAAAGACAACCUUGCACAUCUCUAUUUAAAGUUUAUUGUGAAGUCCUAGAUGUUUUAAUUAUCUUUUUAUUUUGACUUUAAUCUUGUGUUUUUCAUAGUAACUAUGCAAAUAAUAUUUUAUUUAUCUUAACCUGAAUAAUCGCUCCACCUCGUUGCCUGAGAGCCCGUACAUGCAGUAGACCAGUGUGAAGCCAGACUCAGAGAGAAGAUGCCUGUGUUCAUGUGUAGUUCCUGUCCGUGUCUGUCCUCUGAUGUGAGCUGGUCUGUGUUCCCCUCCUAAGCUCAGACGGGGGCUGGAACAACCACUCACAUUCGAUCUUUAAAGCAUGCUCCAGUUUUCCAGAGAGUUGUAGCUGUACAUUUUCAACUCAUCAAAUACAAUCAUGUGAGUGUGACAUCACAGAGACGUGUCAGUUGAGACACUAUAAAACAUCUACUUUGA